AGGGAACCGGGAAGGGAAUCCAUGGAAGCGGCAACGGCGAGCUCCGGAUUCGGGUCCGGGCUAGGGCUCGCGCGCUCUUCGCCCAGGCCCAUCGGCGGCCGCGGCCGUUAUCCUAUCCGUCUUUCGCUUCGGCAUCCGCCAUGGCCUGUCUCGCGCCUCGUCGUCGCCGCUGCUAAUCCUCAGCAGCAGCAGGGAUUGGAAGGGGGACAGGCGAUAUGCGCCGCCAUGGAACCCGAGAGGGGCAGCCCCCGCGAGGUGAUGGAGGAGAUUGCGAGGUGCUACGAGCUCGUCAGCCGCCUCGGCAGGGGCGCCGUCUACCUCGGUUCCUCCAGGGUGCCGGCCACGCAUCCGCACUACCACCAAACUGCGGAGCUCGCGAGGGAGAUAGCCAAGCUGCUGGACUGCACCACAUGGACUGGUGCCGGCCCUGGCCUAAUGGAUGCUGCCAACCAAGGCGCCCUCGAGGCAGACAAACCGGUCGGCGGCUUCAAGAUUGGCAAAGAGGCGGGGGAAUGGACAACCUCAAACUUCCACCCUUACCUCCCCUCAGAGUCUUACCACACAUGCAGGUUCUUCUCGGCAAGGAAGCAUGGCUUAGUGGAUGCCGUGGUACGCAACGAUGCCACGGUGAAAACCGCCAUCGUUGCAUUACCCGGUGGGAUUGGGACGCUAGAUGAAGUUUUUGAGAUCAUGGCGCUGAUUCAACUAGAGAGGAUUGGGUCCACGCUCCCGGUCCCAUUCUUGCUUAUGAAUUAUGACUCUUACUACUCCGAGCUGCUGGAGUUUCUGGAUGAUUGCAAGGACUGGGGUACAGUUGCUCCAGGGGAAGUGGCAUCGCUGUGGAAGGUUUGCAAUGGGAACUAUGAUGCCUUGGAGUACUUGGCACAGUUCUACAGUGUACCUGCCGGGGAAAGGAAUUAUGACAUAUCACCGCUGUCGAAGGAGCACAGGUCUCCUCCGUACACCAUCACAAGAUGACACGAUGCAAGCCCUUUUCAAGAAUGUUCUCCUUUUCCUUUUGCAUCUUUCAUUGUUGAAAAAUAUCAUCACUAUGUUGUGGGGCAGCUAUAAUUUUUAUAUGAAAACAUGACAUUUGUUAUGUUGUAUUGGCAUACAGUUGAAUCAACAAAUGGGUGCAACACAA